AUGGCGGCGUCCAGCGAAGCCGGUGUGCACGAAGAUGAAAAGUAUUCUGAAGAUAACCCCUUUAUUAACUCACAGAUGGUAGACAUGCUGAUUGGAGAAAAAAGAAAAGGACAAGCGGAACCAAAAAUGUUCGGUUUACCGCAAAUGCCGAAGUCUAAAGACGAACUGAUCAUUGAAAAAGUACUGGAGAGCUGCACGUUCAAAAGCGUAUUGAGUUGUGUCCUGGGAUUUGGUCUGGGUGCUGCGAUUGGUCUGUUUGCUGCCAGUGUAGAUCCAAUUGAUCCUGAAUUAGCUGCUAAGCAAAAAGCUAAAGAGGUUUUAAAAGAUAUGGGAAAGCGAUCUCUCUACCAUGCCAAGAACUUUGCUAUGAUUGGUGCUGUCUUUGCAUGUACCGAGUGUGUUAUAGAAUCUCAUCGUGGUAGAAGUGGUACUGGUAACACAGCACUAGCUGGAUGUAUCACAGGUGGAGUAAUCGGCCUACGAGCUGGGGUAAAACCUGCCAUUGCUGGAUGUGUUGGAUUUGCUUCGUUCUCCGCUGCAAUUGAUUACUACUUCCACAUCAGAUAACCUGUGAUGUCAUUUCCUGUCAUUUAAUAAUCUUUGACUGUGGUAGCAUCCCACAAUGCAUCUGUGCAAAGAAAACAGUAGUGUAUAUCCACAAGGGGCUAUAACUGAAGAAAGACAAUAUAAAAGAAAAUGGUUCCAUAAUGACACAUUUUGAAAGAGUUUUUCAGAAGAUUAUACAUAAUUCAUGCACACCAUGAUAGAAAUCUGAUUUCUGAAAGUCUCCUUUUCUGUGUGCCAUGUUGUAAAACAGCAGCAGGGAAAUUGUGUUUGGAAAUAUGGUAGUAUUCAUGAGCCUCACUUUGGUGGACCAAUCAGAUUUAGAAACUGCUAUGAUGUCAGGACAUGAUGUUCAUCGUUUUAUUAUGUACAAUCAUGUGAUGAGGUUAUAUUGACAAUAAACUCUAGUACUAUUGUAUUUUUUAUUUAAAACUUUGUAUGAAUGUACAAAUUGCAUUAAAUAAGUUUUUUCUGACAAAAA